AAUCUCUCUGAUGAGUUUAGUUCAGCUUCUUCAAGCUCAGACAUGAGCCGGAGGUCUAGUUUGGAGCCUAGGGGACACAUACAAGUUUGCCUGCGCAUUAAGCCCUUUACAGCACUGGAAAGAGCAAAUGGAUUGCAGGGGUGUGUUUCACUUGAGGACUCAACAAGCGUUAUACUGAAACCCCCUAAGAGCUCCUUGAGUCGACUGAUUGAAAAAACUGCAGGACAGACGAUACAGAAGUUCACCUUUUCACGAGUGUUUGGACCUGAAGCAACUCAAGAAGAAUUCUUUGAAGGUACUAUGAAGCAGCCAGUGCAAGACUUCCUAGAAGGAUGCAAUCGUCUUGUUUUUACCUAUGGCAUUACAAAUGCUGGGAAAACCUACACAUUCCAAGGGACAGAAGAUGAUGUUGGUAUUUUGCCAAGGACAAUGGAUAUGUUGUUUAAAACCAUUGGAGGAAGGCUAUACACAAAAAUGGAUCUGAAACCUAUUCGGUGGCGAGAUUACAUAAAACUGACUAAAGACCAAGUGAGAGAAGAAACUGCUCUUAAAAAUUCAUUGCUUCGUCUGACAAAAGAGGUAGGAGACUACUUCACAAAGAAACGAUGAGUACAUGCAUCGUGA